GAGCUGGGUGCCUCGUCACGUGCCGCGGGAGGGUCGAGAGCGCCUGCGUACUAUCCGGCCUGCCGCCUUGCCACAGCUACGCCCUGGUCACGUGACACGCCUUUCCGCCUCUUAGCCCUCAUUGGUCAAAAGCGCCACCCGGCAGCCCUGAGAUUGGCCAGACCAGCGGCUACCGCAUCCAAUGGGCGGCAGCGCCGGUUUUCCCGCGGCUGUUCGUUAUUCGAGUAGGUCUUGGCGGCGGCGGUGGAUGAGUAACGGUCGCCCGGCUCCGGUACGACGAUGGCGGCCUUGGGCUCCGGGGGCUACGCGCGGAACGAUGAAGUCGAGAAGCUGUCAUCCGUCAUGGCGGGAGUUCCGGCGCGGAGGGGCCAGUCCUCCCCGCCCCCCGCUCCAGCGCUCUGCCACCGGCGGCGGACGCGACUCCCGGCGGCACCCGAAGACACGGUGCAGAACCGGGUGUCACUGGAGAAGGUGCUUGGCAUCACAGCCCAGAACAGCAGUGGCCUAACCUGUGACCCCAGCACAGGCCAUGUGGCCUACCUAGCAGGUUGUGUGGUGGUGAUUUUGGACCCCAAGGAGAACAAGCAGCAGCACAUUUUUAACACUGCCAGGAAAUCUCUGAGUGCUCUGGCCUUCUCCCCUGAUGGGAAGUACAUAGUGACGGGGGAGAACGGGCACAGGCCUGCUGUGCGCAUCUGGGAUGUGGAUGAGAAGAGUCAGGUGGCGGAGAUGUUAGGCCACAAGUACGGCGUAGCCUGUGUGGCCUUCUCCCCCAAUAUGAAGCACAUUGUGUCCAUGGGCUACCAGCACGACAUGGUACUCAACGUCUGGGACUGGAAGAAAGAUGUUGUGGUGGCCUCCAACAAGAUAUCGUGCAGAGUCAUCGCCCUCUCUUUCUCAGAGGACAGCAGCUAUUUUGUCACAGUUGGGAACCGGCAUGUGAGGUUCUGGUUCUUGGAAGUCUGCACUGAAGCAAAGGUGACGGGUACGGUGCCCCUCGUAGGGCGCUCAGGCAUUCUAGGUGAGCUGCACAACAAUGUCUUCUGUGGUGUGGCCUGUGGCCGGGGCCAGAUCGCAGGCAGUACCUUCUGUGUGUCCUACUCGGGCCUCCUUUGCCAGUUCAACGAGAAGAGGGUGCUAGAGAAGUGGAUCAACCUGAAGGUCUCCCUGUCUUCCUGCCUCUGUGUCAGCCAGGAGCUCAUCUUCUGUGGCUGCACCGAUGGAAUAGUUCGCAUCUUCCAGGCCCACAACCUGCACUACCUCGCCAACCUGCCCAAGCCACACUACCUUGGGGUAGAUGUGGCCCAGGGCCUGGACCCCAGCUUCCUCUUCUGCAGGAAGGCAGAAGCAGUCUACCCGGAUACAGUGGCUCUGACCUUCGACCCCACUCACCAGUGGCUGUCCUGCGUGUAUAAGGACCACAGCAUCUAUAUCUGGGAUGUCAAAGACAUCAACAAAGUAGGCAAGAUGUGGUCGGAGCUCUUCCACAGCUCCUACGUCUGGAAUGUGGAGGUAUAUCCUGAGUUUGAAGAUCGGAGAGCUUGUCUGCCUUCAGGAUCCUUUCUGACUUGUUCCUCAGACAACACCAUUCGCUUCUGGAACGUGGAUAGCAGCCUUGACUCUCCCUGGCAGAAAAACAUCUUCAGUCAUACCCUGCUGAAGGUAGUGUAUGUAGAGAACGACAUCCAGCACCUGCAGGACAUGUCACACUUCCCAGAUCGGGGGAGUGAGAAUGGGAUGCCUAUGGAUAUGAAAGCUGGUGUACGAGUCAUGCAGGUCAGUCCUGAUGGCCAACACUUGGCUUCAGGCGACCGGAGUGGAAAUCUGAGGAUCCAUGAAUUGCACUUCAUGGACGAGCUGGUCAAGAUGGAGGCCCAUGAUGCUGAGGUGCUGUGCCUGGAGUACUCCAAGCCUGAGACAGGGCUGACCUUGCUCGCCUCGGCCAGUCGGGACCGACUGAUCCACGUACUGAACGUGGAGAAGAACUACAAGCUGGAGCAGACCCUGGAUGAUCACUCCUCCUCCAUCACGGCCAUCAAGUUUGCAGGCAACGGAGACAUCCAGAUGAUCAGCUGUGGGGCUGACAAGAGCAUCUACUUUCGCAGUGCCCAGCGGGGCUCAGAGGGGCUUCACUUUGUCCGUACCCACCAUGUGGCUGAGAAGACCACCUUGUAUGACAUGGACAUUGAUAUCACCCAGAAGUAUGUUGCCGUGGCCUGUCAGGACCGCAAUGUGAGAGUCUACAACACCAUGAAUGGGAAGCAGAAGAAGUGCUACAAGGGCUCCCAGGGUGAUGAAGGAUCCCUGCUGAAGGUCCACGUGGACCCCUCAGGCACCUUCCUGGCCACAAGCUGCUCUGACAAAAGCAUCUCGGUGAUUGACUUUUACUCGGGCGAGUGCAUUGCCAAGAUGUUUGGCCAUUCCGAAAUCGUCACUGGCAUGAAGUUCACCUACGACUGUCGUCACUUGAUCACAGUAUCCGGAGACAGCUGCGUGUUCAUCUGGCAUCUGGGCCCGGAGAUCACCAACUGCAUGAAGCAGCACUUGCUGGAAAUUGACCACCGGGAGCAGCAGCAGCGGAACACGAAGGCUGGGAAGUGGAGCAGCCACCCCAGGCAGGAGACAUUUGCAUCCGUACCCAGUGAGGUUUGCUCCCUAAGCCCUGGAACGCAGACAGAGGAUGAGCUGGAGGAUGAGUGCGAAUCUGAAGAGCUGCUGAAGACACCAUCCAAAGAGAGCUUGGAUCCAGACCCUCGGUGCCUGCUAACCAACGGCAAGCUGCCACUCUGGGCAAAGCGGCUGUUAGGAGAUGACGAUGUGGCAGAUGGCUCAACCUUCCACACCAAGCACAGCUAUCAGCCACAUGGCCGCUGGGCAGAGCGGGCUGACCAGGAGCCCCUCAAGACCAUCCUGGAUGCGCAUGACCUGGAUUGCUACUUUACCCCCAUGAAGCCCGACACCCUGGAGGACUCCAUUCUGGAUACAGUGGAGCCGCAGAGCCUCGUGGGCCUGCUGAGUGAGUCAGAGAGUCCCCAGGAAGAUGGCUGUGGGGAUCCCUCCUUCCUGCGCCUACAGAGGGAGUCCUCUGAGGCCAACGAGCUCACCAUCUACUCCCUGGAGGCGGAGGUGACAGUCCCAGAGACAGACAGCAAGUACUGCGAGAAGGAGGUGGAGCGGGAGCCUGGAGACCAGCAAGGUGACUCCUACCUCAGGGUCUCCUCCAUCAGCUUGAAGGAUCAGAGCCCACCGGAGGAUUCAGGGGAGUCAGAGACCGACUUAGAGUGCAGCUUCGCUACCAUCUACUCCUCACCUCCACAGCUGGACCCAGACCCUCGGUUUGACAUGACAAUGACCCCCACACCAGAAUGCCCAGGAACCACAGAAGAGUUGACCCGGCCUGAGGUGUCAGGCAUAUCCAAUGGCUCCCUGCCCCACACCCCUGAGCAGGAGAAGUUCCUCCGCCACCACUUUGAGACGCUUACUGAUGCCCACCCUGAGGAGCUCUUCCACAGAUCCCUAAGGGACAUGAAGGCCUCCGAGGAUGAGGACUUUUUAAAUCCCCGGCUGAGCAUUUCAGCCCAAUUCCUCUCACGCCUCCAGAAGACAUCCAGGCUCACUCAUACCUUCCCUCCCCGGCUGUCCCUGCACCUCGUGAAGUCCCCGGAGGUCAAACUCACAGAUCUCGGGGGGAGCCAGCCCAGAGCCGAGCCCCUGAGAGCAGGUACUGGCUACGCCUCUCCAGGCAAGACCAACGUCCUCUCUGGGGAGAAGGCUCAGGAGCCCCUUGACACCCUAGAGGCCUGGUGCUCACAGACCCCCUGCCUCACAGACCUGGCAUCCUGUGUCCCCUCCUCCUCAGUGCUGCUCGCAGACAGGAAGCCUCUGACACCCACAGCCCUACCCGCUCCAGGCCUGGCUCAGGGUGUUCACACCUCCUCUGCCUGCUCCUACAUGGAGGCCACUGACAGCUCCCAUGCCAAGAUGUCACACAGCAUCUCCCUUGAGGACAGCGAGGACCCUGUCCUGGCUGAGCUGACCAGGCCCCUCCACAGGCCCUCAUCCAUGGGGGAGCUGGCCUCCCGGGGCCAGGAGCUCCAGGCCAUCACCACCGCGGAAGCACCCAAUUCUGACUGCAAGGGCCACGCGCCUGCCCAGCCCUCCCGGGGCAACCAUGAGGCCCGGGCCAGCCUCAAACUGAACCUGUCAAGCGUCUAUGACGGGCUCUUGCUGCCCCCACUCCCACUGGAGCCACCCACUAGUUGUGUCUGGUCCCAGGAACCUGUGGCCACACAGCCCGAUGUCACAGUCAAAGCAGCUAGCUUCCCGGCUCCCAGCCCCAUGGAUGGGAGCUCCCUGAAGUUCCACAACUCCACCUUUCUCCCAAGGCUCUCUGAGCCCCUCAACACCCCUGCCGACCCCGACAGCCCCCAACUUCUGGAGACCAGGCCAGGGGUUCCUGGCAGCAUCACCCCAGUUGCGCUCAGUGGGAUCCGGAACAGCCCUGGACACUGGGGGGAGCCCAGGGUGCCAGCCAGGCGCCUGUCCCCAGCUCCCCUUGAGCUGAGCAGUGUGGGGACCGUCGUGCACAAACUGCAGACUGCCUUCCAAGAAGCCCUGGACCUUUACCAUCUGAUGGUGUCUAGUGACCAGGUGAGCACCGAGCAGCAGCAGGCACAGACUGAGCUGGCCUCCACCUUCCUUUGGAUCCACCGCCAGUUAGAGGCCGAUGACUGGCUGGUUGGGACUAAUGUGGCCCCAGCCCAGGCCCUACCCAGCCCGGGUCCCCCCUCCCCACCUACAUUGUGCCCCCUGGCCAGUCCAGAUUUGCACGCCCUGCUGGAACACUACUCGGAGCUGCUGGUACAGACUGUGCGAAGGAAGGCACGGGGCUACUGAGGGCCAGCAGCGCUGCUCUUUUCUCAUGAAACAGGUAUUUUAAGCAAAUAAACUGAGCUCAGAGGAGUGAUUCCUGAUGCCUAUCCUGGCACAUCCACAGAGCCCCCUGCAGGUGGACAGAGGGAGGGAGGGUGGAGAGCAGUGGUCUUUGGUGGUUGGUCCAGCACCAGGAAUGCUCUGAGGCCCAGGUCCCAUGCCCUGUUCUCAGGCUGCAUCAAUGGGAACACAGGACCAUUGUUCAAUGUUCCCAAGAAGUUUGGGAACUGCAGUAAUGAUGAUCCUGGCUCCCAUGUUGCUUAUCCCCAGCCCACUGAGCUGCUGAGGGAGCACAUGUGGUCCUUGCCCAGUGGGGCCCAGCUGUACCAGAGGGAGGGGCCAGCCCUUCUUUUCUACCCCCUACUGGUGCCCAAGAACCCACUGGAGCCGCUGCAAUCACCCUGUGCCAGACCUUGGCCACCAGUACACAUUGCCACUCCACUGACCCCAGGGCCAGGCCCAGGCUGGAUCCUAUGAGGUGCAGGAUUUUGUCCCCAUCCACAGCAGGGAAAAUUGCAGAGACAAACAGGCUCAUCCACUAGACAAUGUGGGCAGCAUGCCCAGGCCAUCCAGCCGCUGAGCCUAGUAAUUCCUUCCUCAGCGAGAGGAUUGUGUCUAGCUUCAGCAUCCCAUGAGCUCCCAGCUUCCCCAAGCAGCAGGCAUGGCCCACCACAUAGACUGCUGUGGCCUGAACCCCCACUUCCCUGUGAGCUCCUCCCUGCUCUGUUUGGUGGUCACAGCCCACCAGAAACAGGCUCGGAGAGACCCAGUGCCCAGGGUCCCAGAGAGCUGAGACUUGAACCUAGGCUUGCCUGGUGGCAGAGCCGGACCCUUCAACUUGAGGACAUGGCCCUCUGCUGCCUCCACAAACUGACACAUCAGAACCAAUCGUUCCUGCCCCGGUGCCUGUCACUGUUCCACACAUUAUGGGUUGAGUGAGGAAUAGGACAAGCAGUGUCUGCCCUUGUGGUAUUCGCCUUUUAGAGCAGAACACACAGAAAUCAAAACGAUAACUAUAAGUAGGUAAGCUGAGGGAAUUCAGUGUGCUGAUGGAAGGGUCAGAGAAGGCUUUUGUGAGGUGACCUUUGAGCUGAGGCUUGAUAGAGAGCAUAGGCCAUGUGGACAUCUCAGGAAAGCAUCCAGGCAGAUAGAUUAGCCAGUGCAAAGGCCCCAUGAGGGGAUCAAACGUACAUGUGAGGCAUAGCAACAAAGCCAGGCUGGCUGGAAGGGAGUGAGCUGGAGGAGAGGCGGUGGGAGGAAGAAUGGGUUCUACCAGGCAGGGCCUUGUUGCUUCGUGACAUUUAAAACCAAGAAACAUUCACAAUACAAUUUUUUCCCCUAAAUUAAAAUCCCUGAUCUUGGUGUUUGGGGAGGUGCCCAGUCUUGUUUAUUUUCAAGGCGCCGUUUCCCUGCCUCAGUUACCCCAGGUGGUCCAGGUAGGCUGCACCUCUGCCAGGAAGCUCCCUACGCAGGCCCACAUGCCACCCCCGAAAGAUGGGAGACCCACUCUCCCCCUGCCUAGCUUGGCCACAGUUGCCUAAGAUUUCUGAGGCAAGGUUUGGCAUGCAGGCCCCUGAACACCCAGGGGACCAUCUUGAGGCUCUGUCCCUGGUGGAAUUUACCCCUCAUGCCACCCUGUGUUAUAGUUAAGACUUCAACUCCAAGUAGCAGACACCUGGCUUACAGGGGUUGAGGGGAGGGCCACGCUGUACGGACAUUUGUUGCUCUUGAUUAUGUUUCUGCUCUGUCACCCUCUAUGAGUGAGUUUCACCCUCCAGCUUAGGUCCCCACAGUUGCUACACAGCUUGCAAGCACUUAGCAGUACACUCCUACCAACCAGUAGAAAAGCCACGAAGCAGGGCAGCUGUCUGGUAAUGGGGAAAACGCAGACUUCCUACAUGCCUGCCUUUUCGGAGUAGUUCCAGGCAGUAGGAAUGGAGAUUGCUUUGAUUUGCUUGGACCAGCCACCUCUCCUGCCCUGGACAUGCUGCUCAAACCAAGCUGGGUUCUCAGCACAAAAGGAGGGUGGGCUGGUAGUUAAAGAGGACCCAGUGUGUCUGCCACUUUCCACACUUCCUAGUGGAAGGACCAGACUUGCCUUGGACAAACCAGCUGGUUAAGAAACCACUGCUGAUGAAUGUGUGUGGGGGUGGUUUGUGGACCCACACGAUCCCAGUGGGAAGGCAGCAUGCUCACGGGAUAUUUCAGAGUUUAGCGAAGGAGCCAUUUGCAAAGGAGUGAGUAGGGAAGAGUGAAACCACAGCACCCCAGACUGGUAGCAGAGGAGAGCUGUCACAGACCCCCACCCUAGGCCACAAGGCACAGGGGACAAAAUGGAACCCCAAAGAGCAAAUCCUGGAUUGAGGGCUGCCCUGAGGGGAACUGUGUCCCUGGCAAACCGCCCCCCCCCAGGGAGGGAGGUGGGGGAUCCCCUUCCAUAUCUUUAGGACUCCUCAUUGUCCAAACACUACUGGAAGCCAGAGGAGUAUGGCAGCCCAGGUGAUGCCCACUCAGGUCAGCCUCCCAGGACACAACAGGACAGAGCGGUGCUAGGGACAAAGACACCCAGCCCCAGAUUUCUUCCCUAAUGUGUUUUCAGCAACAUCACAGAAAUCAAUCACCCCAAGAGACAUGUGUUGGGCAUGUCUCCCCAUUCAUCGGCUCAUUCUUCAGUGCCACCUGCCCUCUGUAUUCCACAUUGGGACAGAUCCUACAUACUGGGCUGUCAGACCUCUGCCAGACACACUAGUCACAGCUGUUAUGAAAUCCAACAAUUGUGAAAUGGCGACACUUAAAACCCUGUUGUACAAAUGGGUCGACUGAAACGCAGAUGCUUGCCUAGCCACCCCACCCGUUCACACUUCCUAACAACCCCUUUAUUUAUGUCUUGCCAUGUGCUAGACCCCAUGUUCAACAUUCUCCACACGUGAUCUACGUGGAUCUUUAACACAAACCGGAGAUAGGGAGAUUCAGUAGUUCCACUUUCCAGAUGAAGAAGCAGGCUCAGCAAGAAAUGACCUGACCUAAGUCCUGCAGAGAUAAAGUGGCAAAGCUCUGGGCUAGCAGACUCAGUGCUGCCUCCUUUGCUACCCCAAAUGAGUCAGCAGGACUGACUCAGGGAAUGUGAAGAAAUGAAUAAAUAUUCG